UGUGAAACAGAUUUAUUUUAUUAGUAAAGUAUCACGUUUCGUGAUUGUUUGAUAAAUUACGCAUAAUUUAAGUUUUUCAAUAUUUACAAAUAUCUCACUUUCACAUAACAGUUAUGUUUUGAGUGGCUUCUGAGCAACCUUCAAGUAUUAUUUCGACUUAUAUUUACUUAAACACCUCAGCCUACACAAGCUCACACACACACACACACAUAGAGCUUAAAUAAACUCAGCUGGGCGCAGUGGCGUCAAGGCCGUUGCCUGCAGUUUCAAGUGCACGCAAUUCUGGCACAAUGCAAACGACUAUGCACAACACGGCGUAUGAGCAACAUCAUAUCCGCUUUGCCAUUGCUGAGGUUAAGCAUACGCACAGUGUACACUCGUGAAAUGAGCGAAAGUUCGCACUGACCCCACCUUGAACGGUAACGGCCCGAACAACAACAACUGCAACGGUGACAGCGAACUACACUAAGAGAGAGAGCGAGGCGUUGCCUCCUUUGCCUGCCGGCUUUCAAAUGAACUGCAGGAAAGAGAAAUAGAAAGAGCGAGCGAGAGAGAGGAUUAAAGAGAAACUUUGCAAUAGCUCGCUCGCUCGCUCUCUAUUAUUGCAAAUGCACUUGUGAGCUGUGCGUCUGUGUGUGUGUGCGUGCGUGUGUCUGGGUGUUGGUGAGUGCAUUCUUAAUGCAGUGGAAAAUCGUUCUGACGUUGUGGUUCAGUUGUCGUUGUGCCGUCCGACAGUCGGUUUACUUCAGCGCAUUUGCACGUCUGUGCGAAAGUCAGAAUAAAACUGCAACUGAAACUGAAACAGAAAUUUCAAUUAGUGCACAUAAAUUAGCAAAAAUCAAUGGCAUAGGCAAAAAUAAAUAUAAAGAAUUAUAAUACAAGACAAUAAACAUAUGAGCCGCGAUCAAGUGACCUGGCCCAAUUCGGAAAUUCAUGCCAGUGGUGCAAUGUCUCUAAAAUGCUGCAGUUGCACAAACCAAUAAAUUGGGCGCACAAUUUAGCUUCAGCUCCACUUCAGACUUUCAAUCAGUUGAGUUUGGGCUGCGGGCAGAAUGACGACGACUGCCAUGGCGGCAUGUGCAUCGAAUGGCGUCAGUGAUCAGGCCGGCACAACAGCAGCAAAUCAAUAUGUGGAGGACAUCGAGUGUUUGCGCAAACUGUUUCGAUCGAAGAAUUUAACAAAGUUCAGCAUCGGCCAAAUCUCGUGCAGCGCGGGCAGCAGCAGCGGCGACAACUACAUGUCCUUGGUGAAGCGGGUGACAAUCCAUGAUGCGGCGGCUGCUGAGAGCGCGACUGCAACUGCCAGCUGCUCAGUCAUCAUCAAGCGUCAGAUUGCGAGCAUCUCGCGUCGGCAGCUUUACCGUUGCGGCGAGGCGUUCACAAACGAGAUCAACGUGUAUCAGCAUGUGGUGCCGCUGCUCUGCCGCUACAGCCAGCAGCCUCUGUUUCCGCAGUGCCACAUUGCAUCCCAUACAGAUGGAAGUCCGAGUGGCGAGCCCAUUAUCGUGCUGCAGGACCUCAAGGCGCUGGGCUUCCGCAUGAUGAACCGCUUGGCCGGUCUCGACUUGCGGCACUGCCUGCUCGUGAUGAAGAAACUGGCGCAGUUGCACGCAGCUUCGCUGGCCGCACAGCAUCUGGAAUCUGCCCACUUCGCUGAGCAGUGCGCGCACAUGAGCGAGAUUGUCUACUGUCCGGAUGCCGCCGACUUCUAUUCGCGUAUACUGGACACAUCGGUGCAGCAGGCGCUGGACAGCCUGAAUGCGUCGAAUGCAGAUGGCUAUCUCUCGGCGCCCAUACGCCUCAUCGAGCAGCUGCAGCCGAAGUUGUUCGGCCAGCUGCAUCAGAGCAUCAAUGCGGCAGCCGCAACGCCGCUCAGCGUGAUCUGCCACGGCGACCUCUGGCUGAACAAUCUAAUGUUUCGCUCACAGCCCGAGGAGGUCAUCUUCUUCGAUCUGCAAGCCAUGCGACGCACCUCGCCCGUGUUUGAUCUAUUGCACUUCAUAUACACCAGCACGCACCGCCAGCUGCGCGACGUGCACACGGACACAUUGCUAGCUGCCUACGCAGAGGCGCUGCGCAAGGAGCUGGGCCAGCAGCUGCGUCAUACGCCGGCAGCCAACCAGCUGGCUGAACUCUGUGAAAUCUUCUCCUUGCAACGCCUCAGCGAGGACUAUGUGCGUCAUGUGCACUACGGAUUGGCCAUUUCCAUGUGGAUACUGCCUGCCGUCACCUUUGAUCCCAACAAUAUACCCGACCUGGAUGUGAUAAGUGAGCUGAACCUGAAUGGAAAAGAGAUUAACUGUACGCAGAAGCUGACGCCCGAGUAUCAUCUGCGUAUCAGAGAUUUGGCCCUGGAGUUCUACGAGCACGGCUACCUGGGCGUGUGAUUAGGUGCACCACUAGUAGUUAUUAAACCCUUUGAGCCAAGUUGUUUUCAUCUCAAUAAACACAAGCAAUAUCCCUCCA